AUGCAAAAACUGACCGCGUACCUGGAACAAAAGACUCACAACUUCUUGUACUUCAACUGGGAAACAAUCAGUAACACCGAUUACCUCUACGCUGGAAUGAGCGUUCCUGGUGUCGGUUACACUUUGGCAAAAGUCCUCAACGAAAUGGUGGCAGCCGGUCUGAACUCAUCCUCCCUUCACCUUGUGGGCCAUUCGUUUGGAGCCCAAGCCCUUGGAUACGUUGGGCGAUCCGUGAAUUUCACAGUGCCCAGGAUCGUGGGCUUGGACCCUGCAGGACUUUUGUUUUACACCUACAUGCCGCAUCUGAACAGCAGCGAUGCUGAUUACGUCGAAGUUAUCCACACGGGAAUGGGUUCCAUUCUGUCAAGCUCCUUACAGUUAGGAGAUGUCGACUUUUACCCCAACGGUGGAGAAUACGCGAACCAAGGCUGUACGGUUCUACCAGCGGUCUGCGGCCAUUUCAGAGCUUGUUUAUUGUAUGCUGAAUCCAUACGAAAUAAGACUGCAUUCAUCGGCCGUGCGUGCGAUUCCUAUUCGACUUUCAAAGACGGCUCGUGCGAUUCGAAUGGCACAGUAGUGAUGGGCUACGCUACGCCCAACACCGCGAGCGGAAAGUAUUAUCUCCAAACUAACAGCUUUUCGCCUUACGGCCGAGGAGAGGAGGGUGCUACUUACGAGAGUAUCACUGAAACACACGUUACACUGCAAAUCGCCGUUUUGUAUUGCACACUACCCUCCUGGAAUUCGUAUGUCCUUUCGCUCAAUCAGUCAACGUCGAAACUGCACCAAGUUUGUAGCAGCUUCACGAUCAAUUCCGCAAAUUUCAAUACUUUCAGCGGAAAACUGGAUGAGAUUUCAUAA